GGAGCCUCAGUUUCUGUUGUUACAAAUACUGCGCAAACAAUACAUUUAUUCGAUAUAUUCGCAAAACCGCUUACGGCUGCUUUUUCACGCUGAGUGACGUUAGCGCAUCACGUUAAAGCCAAUCAGCGCAUUUCGUACCUUUAUGCAAGUGCACUUUGAACAGCUUAUCAGGAAUGUGCAUUGAGUCGCCCUUUUGGCCUUUUUCCCGCUUUUUCAUCGAGUUUGAGUGCUGUUGGGGCGAAUAAUCUCGGAGAUGAGUCAGUCUCACAUCUAAGGAGCAAAUAUGCCUUUUUGUUUUGUGCCUCAAUGCAGUCAUUCCAGCGCCAGGUCCCAGUCAAAGUGCUCCUUCUUCCGAUUGCCCCGGGACGAGGGGGAGUUGAAGAAAUGGACUACACUGAUGAGGAGACAAGAUGCAAAGCCCAAUGAGCAUUCAAGAGUGUGCUCUUGUCAUUUUAGGAAUGGCAAGAAAGAAGCUGGUCCAACCCUAUUUGCUUGGAAUGACUUCAAGAGAAGGGUGCCAGCUGAUGAAGUGGGCGAUGGCACAGGAGGGGCUGCAGCUGUGGCCGCUCCUUCUCCUGUGACUCUCCUGGAGCAGGCUCAGAGAAGAGCAAGUGAGCUAGAGGCUGCCCUGGCAAAGAAGUCUGCUGAGCUGGAACAGGUCAAGAGCCAACAUUCAGCUGAAGAAGCCCAGAUGCGUUCUGUUCUGACUGAGAACCAGCUCACCAUGCUGAAGACUGGGAGGCGACCCCAUCGGUGGGACGAUGAAAGUGUCAUCAAAGCCAUGGGAAUCAGAACAAGUACCUCAAAAAGAGUCUACGAGUAUCUACGUGAACAGCAGGGGUAA